CUGCUGAACCAACACCAACAACAAUUGCAACAGAGUAGGCCACUGCAACAACUGCCGAUCGAGGCGACAACUGCCAGGGCGGAUGCUCCUGCCAUGAUGGAUCCGGAACAGUUGACGACAUUGGCGGCGGUUGCUGGGGCAGUUGCGGCGGCCGCCAUGGCCCGAUUCAGUAACUCCGCGCCAGCCGCCGGCGUCGCUGGGACGGACGCAGGAGACACUUUGUUUCAGUCGAAUUUGCAGCAUCUCUUGCUGCAACCGCAACAGCCGGCAGCACAAAUGCCGUCGGUGUCAAAGUCGAUCGGGCUCCAGGGCUCUGAACGUUCCGAACCGUCUCUGCCGACAGAGCAGUUGAUUGACUGGAACGAUCCAGUCCAGCUGCUAGGCCUCUACGAGGGUCUGGCCAGUAACGUGCAUUUUAUGCAGCAAUUGCCGGCUGACAUCCGAGGGCUACUCGGACAGUAUUUAGUCCAGUUGAGACAAGAGGCGGCACAAUUGUCGACGUGUGCCGGCCAUUUGACCCAGAGUCUGACGGGAAACCCACCAACUAGCAGAACAGAGGUAACAGCUGCCGUUGCCGUGACGAAAAGCAUAUCAGCAACAUCGGAAACAGCCACAUCGACGGCAUUGGGAGAACAGCCCAGGCGACUAAUGGAUACGUCAGAGCAUGCCUACUCGGUCCGGGGGGAUGGCGGUUUGAGGCAAGUGCGGCCGGUUUCAGAUGAAUUCGACAACUGCCGCUCAGCAUUUCACGGUAAGCAGACAUGA